AUGGCUUUUACCAGCGUCGACGGCAAGGUGGCCAUCGUGACAGGGGCCGGGUCAGGCAUCAACCUGGCGUUUGCAGACCUGCUGUUGUCGCAGGGCUGUAGCGUCCUCUUUGCCGACCUCGCGUUGCGCCCGGAGGCUCAAGCGCUGGUGGAAUCCCACAGCACCAGCGGAUCGGCGGGAUUAAGAAGCGAUGAACCAAGAAUCAAGGCGAAAGCGUUCUUCCAAAAGACCGACGUGAGAAGCUGGGCGGACUUGGAAAGGAUGUUCGAGACGUGCGAUCGCGAGCUGGGCCCCGCCGACAUUGUGUGUCCUGGAGCCGGCGUCUACGAACCUGCCUGGUCCAACUUCUGGAUCCCGCCGGGCACUGAACCGUCCAAGGACUCGCCCACGGGCAACCGGUACGCAUCGUUCGACAUCCUGUUGACGCACCCGGUGCGCACGACGCAGCUGGCCAUCAGCCACUUCAUCCGGCACGAGAAGCCGGGCAACAUCGUGCACAUCUCCAGCAUCGCGGCGCAGUCGCCGGGCAUCCUGUGCGUGCUGUAUCGCACGGCCAAGCACGCCAUCAGCGGAUUCGUGCGGUCGCUGGCCAAACUCGAGGUUCCUGGCGAUCCUCGCCUGCCCACGGUCCGCGUAACCGCCGUGGCGCCGGGGGUUAUCAAGACGCCCAUGUGGCUCGAGCAGCCCGACAAGAUGAAGUGGGUGGACGAGGAUCAGGACGCGUGGGUGUCACCGGAGGAAGUGGCGCGGGUCAUGCUGGAUCUGGUGCAGAAGCCCGAGUUUGUGGGCGGCACAGUGCUGGAAGUGCUCAAGGGCAGCGUGCGCCGCGUCGAGACUUUGAAUGACCCCGGGCCUCGUGGGAAACCCGGCGGCACGUUGCAUCCUGGAGAUCACAAGGCUGAUGUCUGGGACCGGCUGGCGAGCGGCAGCUGGGGCCAAAUAUGA